CCCCCGGGCGCCACCCCGAAGCUGGUUCCGCGGGCCAGGCGGGCGGCGGCGGGUGGCGUCUUCGGCCCGGGCCGGGUCCGGCUCCGGCUCCAUCUUGGGCCGCUGCGCCGGGCACCUGUGGCGGCCGCAGGAGCAGCGCUUCCGCCGGCCUGCGCGGCUCCGGGCGGGCGAGUGGGUGAGAGGCCGGCUGUGCAUCAUGAGCACCAGCCGCCCUGACCAGGGUGCCCGGCCACCCCGGUGUCCCUGCCCGCAGCCCCUGUCCCGGAGCUCUUCCAGCCUGUUGGAAGGCCAGGGGCAGAGACCAGAGCUCCGCAAGAGCGCCAGCAGCACUGUAUGGCAGGCCCAGCCAGGCGAGGCCAGCGCCAGUCCGCAGGUCCCGGAGGAAGAGGAGGACCACGCUGAGAGCACGGAGCAGACGCAGGCCUCCAGCCCCCGGCCCCGGCCCCGUGCUGUGGGCCACUGGCGGAGCAGCACUGUGGGCAAUGUGUCUACCGUGGGUGGUGGUGACCUGGGUCGCCUGAGGGCCCCCGGUGCCGCUGCCAUGCAGAGGAGCCACUCGGACCUGGUGCGCAGCACCCAGACCCGGGGCCACAGUGGUGCCCAUAAAGCCAGCCUCAGCUGCUCGGCCCUUGGCAGCUCACCGGUCCACAGGGCUCAGCUGCAGCCCAGUAGUACUUCUGGCCAGGGAGGCCGGGCCCCUGCAGGCCUAGAGAGGGACCUGGCUCCAGAGGAAGGGACUUCGAACUCAGCCUGGACACUGGGAGACAGUCAGGUGUGGGUGGCGCCACUAGACCUGGGAGGGACAACCACCCACAGCAGCAGCCCCCAGGCUGGGCCCAAAGCCACCGGGCAGCCAGCCACGACCUCCUGCCAUGCCUUGUCCCCAGCAACUCUCCUCUGCAAUAUGAGAGAGGUGGGGACCGGUGGCUGCUGUCAUGCCCUGCCAGCCCCGGGGAUCCUGGCCUUUCCCAAACUAGUGGCAUCGGUAAGUGAGUCUGGGCUUCAGGCUCAGCAUGGGGUGAGGUUCCAGUGCAGGUUGCCUGGGGGGCUCCCUGGGCAUUCCCACUGCUGUGCCCACCCUUGGGGUCCCACCGGGUUGGUCACGGAGCCUGGUACCAGGACCAAGGAUGUAUGGACCAUGACCUCAGCCAGUGACUUGGCCCCUGUGUUGGCAUCCUCUCUGUCAGCCCAGGAUGCUGGUGUACAGGCAGCCCCCAUGGCGGUUUGCAAGGCUGUGGCCACCAGCCCACCCUUGGAUGCCCCCGUGGCCCUGCACACAUUCCCGGAGGUAACUCUGGGGUCUGGCCUGGAGGAGACACCAUCCCCUGUGCGGGAUGUGCGAUGGGAUGCCGAGGGCAUGACCUGGGAGGUGUAUGGAGCUGCAGUGGACCCUGAGGUACUUGGCGUGGCCAUCCAGAAGCAUCUGGAGAUGCAGUUUGAGCAGCUGCAGCGGGCACCCACCAGCGAGGACAGCCUGUCUGCGGAGGGCCGGAGGGGGCCUCUGCGUGCUGUCAUGCAGUCCUUGAGGCGCCCCAGCUGCUGCGGCUGCUCCAGUGCAGCUCCCGAGUGAGGAGCUGUGGCCCUCAGAGCUAUCCUGGGCCCAUGGACUCAGCCCCAGGCCAGGGACAGUGGGAGCCCCGGGCUCCUUGGACCUCCUGGCAGCCGUGGAUGUGUCUCUGCUGUUGGCUGACUGCAGGGCACAGGACUGCAGCCUGGGGACUUCCUGCUCCUUGCAGCUGGGCUGGUUUUUAAGGGCUUCAUUCCUGAGAGCCACAUCCCUGCACAUCCAGGCUCUGAACUUUGGGACAGACUUUCAGCACUGUGUGUAAGGGAGAUCCUGAUUUUUCUGUAAAAAUUCUCGACGUUCUGUUUAGUGUCUCCUCAGAACUCUGCCAUGAUUUCCCCUGGGACUCUUGGUGGCUGUAGUUUAAAGCAGGGCUCAGAUACAACCAAUUCCUGACAUGAAAGUUGGGGCCCCAUGUGACACAGGGACUGGCUGGGUCUUCGGGGAUGGCCACCGACACUGUUUAAGACCUCCUAUGUGCCACACACUGUGCUUGUCACCUUCCCUUGUUGAGUCUUUGCCUCUUUGCCCCGAUUUAUGGGUGAAACCACAGGCAUUUGGCAAGGCCGUGGCUGACAUGCCCGUUGGACUGCUGGAGGUGAUGGGCCGAGAUUCAGAGCCAGGGCUGGCUGAAGCCUGGGCUGCUUUCCCACAGCACACUGGUGGUCAGUGCAGUGUAGUCAUGAACCAGAAGGAUUUAUUGAGUCUGUAUCCUGUGCUAGGUUCUGUGGAAUCCUUGGGGAAUGAGAUGGGCUGUCUGCACCCUCACUGAGCUGACAGGGUUGGGGAGGCGGGGUCUACAUCCGUACCAGGGCACCGGGCAUCCCAGAAGGGCCCGGGGCUGCUGCUAAGAGCCAGCCCUCCUUGUUGGUCAUCGGGUCAGGGGCUGGCCUCAGGAAGGGGAGAAAAGGUGGCCACUUGUCCACAAAUACGUUGCAGUGCCUGAAACGACACCAUUAUCACCUCAUUCCUUUGGCUUAAGGACUUAUUCCUAGCCAGUGUGGUUCUUGGAGGAGAGAAGGCAGAAAUGGAUAGGAGGAGGGAAGGAUCCUGGGGUGGGGUUUUUCACCUGGUGGGAAAUGGCCAGAGCUGUGAGGCCGUGGGGAGCUGGGAGGCCUGUGAGCCUGUCCUCCCAGCCCUGCCCAUGUGAGCUGACGUGGGACAGGAACGGGGGGCUGGGGUCAUGCGGUGAGGAACCCAGGGCACAGGCUUGGCACAGCCUGGCUUCAUUGCCCAAGGACCUCCCAAGACCUGUGGAGUUUGGGAGCGGGCCUGUGUUCUCAUCCUGGGGCUUAGCGCUGAAGAUCCUAAGCUCCUGGGACAAUCCGCCAGCCUGCCCUGAAGAGGGAGCCAGGUCAGUGUGCUGCUCAGGGUCCCCUGGCUUGGGAGGGUGGAGUAAGGGCCCAUGUGCAGCCCUGCCCGUGACCUGACCCUGUUCCUGGGCCUCCUGCACUUAGGAACCUGGGACCUGGCAGCUGGCUUAGCUUUCCCUACCUCAAGGACCCUGUACUCACUGUGGUGGAAAUGACUCCUCCAAAAGCAGGUUGAGUUGGAAAGCAGGGCUGGCAUUCUAACGGGCCAAAGGAACAAGGUGAGGAAGGCAUGCAUGAGGUCUGAAUGCCUCCCAUGGCCCUGAGGUGGGGCUUUCUUACCCCCAAACGCACCCUUCCCACUCUGCUUAAAAAAAAAAUGACAGCACAUCAGAACUGCUUCUGAGGGUGGGGCUGGGGCAGAGGGGUUUGGCGUGGUGAGCAGUGAAAAUGUGCACAAGUAAGUUUUCACGCACGCGUAGGCUCUGGCUACUGUGCAGCGUGUCUGUGCCUCUGGGUGUUCUGCGAGGCAGGCCCAUCACACUCUGGGUGAUGACACGUGCGUACCAGGCUGCCCACGUGCCUGGUGCUGCACCAGGGCUCUGGGAGCCCCAGCUGUGGGGCCAUGAGGUGACAGGUAAUGAAACAGAGUGGGGAGGGCACCAGCACACAAGGCCACAACUGAGCGGGGUCUUGACACAGUGAGAGUAGACAGGUGGCAGUGGGAAGGGGCGUACCAGGCAGACAGGACAGCCUGGUCAGAGGCAUGGAGGCCCCUGUCCUGCCUGCGCCGUGGUGAGUCACUGCAAUGCACGUUGGGUUGGGAGGCUGGCAAGGGGUCCCCGUGGUGAGGAUCCCUGUGUGACUAAGGAAGCAGACUUCGGGGAGCUGCGGAAAGGGUGAUGGGGCCAGAUUUCAUUUUGGAAACAUCCCUUUGGCUGCCAUUGGAGAGAUUAGUGUGGGAGAGGUGGGAGGCUGGGGCCCAGGGGGAUAUAGGUGUGUGAGCCAAGGAGGGGCCUGUCGGGGAGAUGGAAAGGGAGCUGGGGGUUGGGCUUUCAUGCACAUACAUGCACACACAUGUGCACACACAGGUGCACACAGGGCCUGCAGUGGCUUCAGAAAGGAGGAAGAGUUUUAGGAGGCUGGUUUCCAGUUUGAACAAAAGGAGGUGAGGCCACUACCUGGGACAAGGAGAGGCAGGUGAAGGGCCACAUGCCAGGAUAUUUGGCUGAAACUCUUAGAGACUUUCUCUGUCACAUGCAAAUUCCCUUGAGUUCAUUCUCUGUUUGGCUGCUGUGUGCCAAUCAGUACCCCUUCCUGGCUGUACCUGGUGGGCCAGGAUGGCAGGCUGGGCUGGGCCCCAAGUGGGAAGGCCUAGCCAGUCCUUCCACCCAACUCAUCGUGACCAAGAUAAAUGUUUGCAAGGUGGUUCUGGAAUCCAGUCUGGCCUGUGUCCAGCCUUGGGCUGUGCAUGGCUGGGAACCCCAUCAUAACUUCCUGGUUAAGCUUGCUGCCCUGGCCGUGGCCCCACUAGCCAGACUGCACAGCCUCGGCCAGUGGGUCCACCUGGCCCCCAUCCUGUUGCUGUGGCCCCUCCCUGGCUGGGCCUGACCAGCAGUGGUUUAGGGUCUCAAGACAUGGCCACCAGCUUAGUUUACAGAUCUCCCUUCAGAUUCCAGAUUUCUGACCAGACUUUCUGGGUCCCCUUCAGGCCCUGCUCUGGCAGGUGAUGGAUUUCAUUAUUUGUACAUUUGUUUUGUUUUGAAUUUGGAAUAAAGUAUUGGAGGUCAGAGCUUUGCUAGGGAAGGGUCCAUGGUCCUGGCUGGUCUUGUUUUUUUCUGACAGAUUUUGUCCUUCAGAACAUCCGCCCUAGAUUCUGAGCUUCCGUGUCCAGGCAGCAGCCCCCCUCUUUCUUCUCCAGGGACUCCUCCCUUCUGUCCACUGUUCUCUCCUUUCUGGCAGCCUUCCGGGCCCCCAACAGCUGAAGCCCGGCUUCUGGGAGCUUAUCACCUCUGGGCAUGGCCAGGUCACAGAGCAGGCAUCUUUUGUCAAGCCCCAGGCUGCUGAUACCUUCACAGGGAAUCACUAGUCCACCCUAAGGGAGAAGGCGUUGCUCCCAGAGUAUAGGCUACUACCCGCCUGAGGUCAUGAUGUGUAUGCGGGGUGGGGCUGGAAAAGCAGAGAAUGGGCCUGUCCCACUGUGACAUCACCUCCUGUGUCAGCUGGAUUGGGUCUCUGUCCCCAGAAGUGUUGGAUUCUUAUUUGACAGGUGCAAAGGGCCUUCCCAGUGCAGAUCCUGGCACUUUGGGCAUUGUGGGGGAGGGUGGGCACUACAGGUUAGUGGUCUAAAAUUUGAGUUUGAAUCCCGGAUCUCACCUGUAGCCAUGUUGGGCAAGUUACUGACCUCACUGAUCCUCGACUUCCUCACGAUGAUAUGAUAAUUGUGCCUCCUUCUUUGGCUUGCUCUGAGGAUUACAUGGAAUAACCCACGUGAAGCGCUUGGCACCGAGCUGGCAUUCACCAUGUGUGCCAGUGUUCCUUUGGCCUACCUCCAUGGCUACAGUCAGGGGCUAGCUCUUGCCUGGCCAACUUGGCUCUGAUCAAGGUCCACAUCCCAUCUUGGCCAUUCCUCAUUUAGAGCCUCCUUCAAGGUCCUUUACCCUGUGCUUCAUACCCUGCUUAGGUCACAUGUACUCUGGCCUUGGCUUUCUGAAAUUGUGAUUCCUGGAGCCAUGCUGAGGAGGCUAGUCUGGGGCUGGGCUCCCAGAAGCUCAUGCUAGGAUGAGGAUUCUGGAUUGACUAAGGAAAAGGGAGUGGGGAGUGCAAGUCAAGAAGGGUGUGAUUUCAGGUAAAGUCCUGGCCUUGGUCCCGUAGGGGAGACCUGGGGCAUGCCUGCCAUGGGGGCCAGGGGUCUGUGCAUGUGUGUGGGUAGUUCCAGGCAUCCUGGCUGUGGCAGGCAGGCUAUGAGGCUCCAGGAGCCCUGGGGAAGCUCUCUGCAUGGCGUUGUAGGCCCCUUAUCCCAGGGGAGGUGUGCACAGAAACCAAGGGCAUCUGUGGGGUCUGGGGGGCACACUCAUCAACGGUUGCACUCGUGCCCUGAGCAGCCCUCUCACCCAGUAGACGUGUAUGGAGUCCACAGCCUGCAGAGUGCCCAGAACUUCUCUCCGUGAGCAGCUCGGAAACAGUUGUCUCCUUUGUGUUCAUGCUGAAUGACCUUGGUCACUCAACUGCAGAGCUUUACGUUUGCCGAUGCUAAAUUCCUUCUUGGUUGUUGUUCUGGCCUGGCCUAGUUUGGUCAUCUGAAGCUAUGACUAGUCCUUUAUCAGUUUCCAACCAACUUGUCAGGCAGAGCAGGGCCACACAGAGCCCACGGCCUGUCACUGAGUCAUCUUAUAGGUCAGCACUGGUCCCCAGGUCCCUUUGAAUCAACAGUCAUCAUGGGCAAGUCCGUUUAAGGUGAAUUUGUGCAAAUCUGGGUCUUCAACAUCAGUAGCACUCUUCUGACCCAAGUCCCGGCCCAGGGACCCUCCCAUCCAAACAAGGAAGGGGGAUAGGGGCUUGACUGGAGUCCUCGCUGUCCACAUAGCCGGUUCUGGUUCUGGUGAUUGCUGCUUCCCUUUCUAACAUUUUACUUCUGUUUAACAAGCUGUUCUAGAAGUUUGAGAUCUGCAGUAAGCUAAGAGUCACAGAAUCUCCCUUGUAACCUUUUUGGAGAUUGGAAGCCACCCCACUGUGUGCUGGUACACCUCGUUUUCAUCCUCCCCCCCCACCCCGCCCCGGGCACAUCAGGGCUCACCUCGAGGUUCCUGGGGGGUGGCUGUGAGGAGCAUGACACUCAUCACAGCUGGCCUCUAUCUAGCACCUUCUUCAAUGGGCCUUUCCGUGGGGCUGCUCACCCUUUUUUGAUAAGAGUCUUUCUGAAGCUGGGUGGAGGUCUCUCUAAUGGAUAGACAUGGGGCUAGUUCUGUUGCUGUGGUUACGUAAAGACAAUAAGCCAUGAAAAAUAUCUCAGGAAAGUCGAUGUUGGUUAAAGAAAACCAAACCAAAUCAGAGUUGCAUUGGCCUUUAGGACUGGAGGUGGACAGGUAGGGUCUGACUCUUGCUCCAAGAGUUGGGUAAACAUUGCCUUUGCUCCCUUCUGUGGUGACCCUCCAUGACUCAUUCGUCAUUUCUCCCUCUCCAAGCAUGGGGUAGCUCAGCAAGGAGGCAGGUCUGUACCCUGAAACGUGCUCCCAAAUGGGUGUCCUAGAAUUCAUGUUUUAUGGCCCCACUUUAUAGGACGGAAUGUGGGAAUUGAGUGAACAUGGCAGUCCACGUCUGAGGGGCUCAGGGCUGGUGAGUGUGUCCCAUUUUAAGGUAUGUGGCUCUUAGCCAUGUACGCUUCACCUAGUCUGUCCUGGCCUGGAGCUUUCCAUUUCUGAAACACUCCUGAGAAGAGACACCGGGCACCCAAGAAUGUGGUCAUGGGAGUGCAGUGCUUCCCCGGAUGUCCAGACAGGGCCCAGUGGGAAGGCUCUGCUCUUGGUGUUUUUCUCCCCAACCCCUGUUUCUCUUUAAUCUCAGUCUUUCCCUUCUCCUCUUCUGUAUCUGGUCCUCUGUGCCCUCCAGAAGCCUUGUGUCUCUGCACUGUCCCGCAGUCCUUGCCCCUGCUGCCAAGGGUCUGCCUUGCCCUAAUCCUCCUGCUGCAAGCAGCUGCUUGCUCUUCUCGUGGCCACUUCUACCCCAGCCAUGGCUGGGUCUGGUUUUCAGCAUUCCUGCUUUUCACAAGUCUGGGCUCUUCCUAUCCACCUGUCUGUUCUCUGUCUCGGUAAAAACCAAAACAUCUAAGCGUGCCAAAGAGCUUCUGAGCAUCUCCCUAGAGAAGGAGGCCUCCUUGGACUAACCUGGGAUCAAAUUGUCAAGUUUCCAUCCUUUUUGCCUCCAAAAGGGAAAUCAGUUGUCCUGCUGGGUAAGUGGAGGAACUUUGGUAUCCCAUCAAUCUUCAGUUUUGGUGGCCCUUAUUGGCGCCUGGCUGGUUAGGUCACCUGAGGGGCACACCGGAUGUGUGGUCUCCAUCUGCUAGUUUUAGGCAGGCCAUCUCCUCUUUUGUGCUUUCAGACUCUUCUUGCUUGGCUUGUAAUUAGAUUGGGAGAUUGGGGCAUGUCCUGGGCCUCAUUGGGGACACAGCGUGCUGUCCCAUCUCUGUGCCUCUCUCCUGUGUGGGACUGGUUUGUGUCUAGGAGCCAGGGCUGGGGACAGGGGGACGAGACUUCUGUCUUUGACACCAAGUAGGCACCUGAGAAAAUGCCCACUGAGAAAGCCUGAGCAAGCCCAAGUAGGUAGCCUCUGUUGGGUCUCGUAUUUUCUGUGACUUAUCGUGGAACUAAAUUUGGGGUGCUGGAGCCCUGCCGGGGAGGACUGGAGUACCUCACCCAUGUCCACUCGGCCCCUUACCUGUAACCUUCUGCUUUUCCCUCCCUCUGUCCACUUCUCAUUGUUAGCAGUCAAGGUCCGGGGAGGUGUUGGCCAAGGGUGCCAUUUUGUAUUCAGGCUUUGUGGCCUUUGUAAGCCCAGCCUGUGUCCCUUGAGGAAGACUAUACGGUCUGAUUUUCUUUCCCUUCAGAGUUGAGGCAGUUCAGGGAGAGGGGAAGGGGUUUCCUGAGAAGUUUCCAACCCCUAAACUCCCUUCUGCCCUGGUGCAACUCAGGGUGUGGUUCAGACUCCUACCAGGUCACACACCUGGGCUGGGGAGGGAGCGGGCAGGAACCAGCAGGGCUCUGGGCCCAGGAGAGCUUGGACACGCAACUGGGCACUACUGGAGGCACCAGGAACAUUGCCUGAGUCUUGCUGAAGGUGCAAAGUGGGAUCCUGCCUUUAUUUGGCUUUUUGAUAUUUUGUCAUUUUUUUGCAUUUAUUCUGAUUUUAAAGUAUUCACUAAAACAUUAUUUAUCUUGAUUACCGAGCCUUUUGCCAUCCCCUUACAUUUUGUGCCUUGUCCCUGCCUGGCACCCUCCUCUCCUAGAGCUUUAGGUCCCCUGGGUACCCAGCCCCACCCUCCCCCCCUCCCCCCCUCCCCCCCCCUCCCCCCCUCCCCAGGACUCCAGUGCGGGGAAGGAAAGCCUGAGGUGCCGCCUGCGGGAGGAGCUCGGUCGCCCCCUAGUGGCCUCAGAGCCGCUCCUUCAGAGACACCUGGGGGCACAGGCUGGGAACCAAUGACUUUGUCCCCUCCCCAGCAGCCUCAAGCUACCUCCAGCCAUCUCACCCCGUGCCUGCGCCCUGCUCCGGGCUCUUCUCCUCCUCCAGAUGCUCCAGGACUACGGGGGCUGAAGAUUUCCGACGGGAGGAUAGCGAUGAAGAAGGUGAAGGGAGUGGAGUCCAGGCGGAGGUGGGGAGGCACCCGAAGCCCUGAGGGGAAUACAGCCUCAUUUUACAAAGCUUUGGAUUCCAAUUGUGAGUUAUACUCCCCAAGGGGCUGGAUGUGGGACCCUUUGUCAUUCCACCGUGAACUUGGGUGUGUUUUUAUAACCCUUCUUUGACUUGCCUUUGUCUUAAAAUUUACCUGGAGCCUUUAAACGCGGGGUGGUCCCACCCCAAGGGGGUCCUCUUCCUGAGCCUUGGGGAAAGCAGGUGUAGACAGCCAGGAUUGUGUCUUCCCUCAUGAGUCACUGACUUUGUUGGCGGAGGGAGGAUGGGAGGCAGCGGGCUGAGAAGGGGGUUUCUGAGCUGGAGUUAACUGUCAGAGAGGGACUGGGGUCUAAAGUUUGUUGUGGUGGGGGCUGUUCUGAGAGCCUUUAUUCCUGUUAUUCCUUGUCUUCACUGACUCCCUGUGGUCCCCAAGGCCAGCUGAACAUGUUAGAGGUCAUGCGAGCCAAGAGAGAGGUUGGAGAGAGAACCUGACAUGUGAAGUGUGGCUGAGAGGUGUGCCUGGGACUA